AUGUGUAUCGAGUGUAGUGAAUAUGAUUCGGUUGCGUUAACAAUUGUUGAAAUGGAUAAUCAGUAUGCUCUAUAUGUGGCUAAAAUGGAAGUUAAAAACUUCAUUACUGAUUGUAAGAAUACUGAAAUAAUGGUGAGUCAGAUAUACAAGGAUAAGGAAACUCUUGUUUCAGUAAUGGCUAGACACACAAUAGCGAAUGGAUUCAACACAAAAGCGAAACGAUCCGACAAAAAAAGCUAUGUACUCAUUUGUCAUAACGAAGAUUGUCAGUGGGUCAUGAAGGCCUCUUGUAUGAAUGAAUCGAAAUUGUUUGUGAUUAAAAUAUUUAUUUCGGAGCAUAGUUGCAGUCUUAGGGACCGAGUGCUGAAUAAUAUGGUUGCGACAAGUAAUUUUGUGAGUGAAUUUACUGCUCCAAAAUUAAUCAAUCACAAAAGAAUACACACCCCCGCGGACAUUAUCGAAGAGAUGAAAGUUAUUUAUGGAGUCGAUAUUAACUACAUGAAAGCAUGGCGCGCAAAAGAGAAGGCGAUUGUGAUGCUUAGAGGUGGACCAGCAGAUGGAUAUAGAAAAAUACCCCGUUAUAUAUAUAUGUUGAACCAAGUGUAUCCCCAAUCGCACAUUCAGAUGCAUAAGGCAACAGAUAACGAGUUUAAAGACUUGUUUAUUGCAUUGCGUUCGAUGAUUAGGGGUUUUGAAUUUUGUAGACCUGUUGUUGUUGUUGACGGGGCAUAUUUAAGCGGUCCAUAUGAAGGAACAUCUGUAUCAGCAAGCACAUUAGAUGGUGUAGAUAUUGAGCGUGGCACGUGCAAGUGUGGUCGCUAUCAAAUUGAUGAAAUACCUUGUCCACAUGAAAUUGUCGUAUUAAAAAGUAAAAAUGUGGAUGUAAAGGAUUAUGGUCGUUAUUGCUCUGAAUUGUACAAGCCACAAACCACAGUGAAGACAUAUGAACUCCCGAUAGUUCCAAUGCCCGACAAAAAGGAUUGGAAUGUUCCAUGUUUUGUUGGUGAUGAAGAAGUUUUGCCGCCCAAAUAA